GCCCCUGCCCGGGGUGGGGUCUGUGGGGCUGCUGGCCCCCCCCCAACACGCCCGGCCCCUGCCCGGGGUGGGGUCUGUGGGGCUACGGCCCCCCCCGCCCCCACCCGGGGUCCGACCUGCGCCCUCCCGCUGCCGCCCGCUGGCGAUGGGGUUUGACGCCGGCUCCCGCAGCGCCCAGAGGCCGCGGUGCGGAGCGGGCGGGGCGCGGCCGGGCCGGUCCCUCCCGGGGGCCCCGCGCUGGCCGGCAGCCGCUCUCCGCAGGGCUCCGGGGGCGGAGAGAGGGGCCGAGCUGGCCCCACCCAGCAGCGAGCGCAGGCCCCGCGGAGCAGCCCCGCAGCCUUUCGCCCUCAGCGCCGGCCGGCCGGGACAGGGGCGCCAGGCCCGUCUCAGCCAUGAGGAGCAGCAGUGCCUGGGCAUGGCAGGAGUUGCUGGCCCUGCUCUGCAGCGUCUGGCUCUGGGUGGGUGCUGCCCAGCGCACCGGGCCCACGCCCACAGCGCAGAGCCAGGGCCCCAAGCUGAAGUUCCGCCUGGCUGGGUACCCCCGCAAGCACAACGAGGGGCGCAUCGAGGUCUUCUACAAUGAGGAGUGGGGCACCAUCUGCGACGAUGACUUCACGCUGGCCAACGCCCACGUGCUAUGCCGCCACCUUGGCUUCGUGGCCGCCACAGGCUGGGCCCACAGCGCCAAAUACGGCAAAGGCGUUGGGCGGGUCUGGCUGGACAACGUGAACUGCGGGGGCAGCGAGAAGAGCAUCGUGGACUGCAGGUCACGAGGCUGGGGGAACAGUGACUGCAGCCACGAGGAGGACGCGGGUGUGAUCUGCAAGGACGAGCUCAUCCCAGGCUACGUGGACUCCAACAUCAUCGAGGCCGAGCAGAACCAGGUGGAGGAGCUCAGGCUGCGGCCUGUGGUCUCUGGCGCCAGGAAGCGGCUGCCGGUGACAGAGGGCGUGGUGGAGGUGCGCUACAAGGAGGGCUGGGCACAGAUCUGCGACGAGGGCUGGAACCACAAGAACAGCCGCGUGGUCUGCGGGAUGAUGGGCUUCCCAGCCGAGAAGAAGGUCAACAGGAACUUCUACAAGCUGGUCUCCAAAGCUCGCCCCAAACACAAGCACAGGGAGGACUUUGGGGGCCCCAAGAGGUUGUACCUGGAACGGCAGCAGCUCAGCUACCGGCUUCACUCGGUGGCCUGCACAGGGAACGAGGUACACAUCUCCAUGUGCCCCUUUGAAUUCUACAAGGGCAACGCCACUGCGGCUUGCAAGGGCGGGAUGCCUGCAGUGGUGAGCUGCAAACCAGGGCCCCUCUUCACCACGGGCAGUGCCCCGAAGAAGAAGAAGCAGGGGCAGCAGCAGGGCCAGCAGCGCGUCCGGCUGAAGGGCGGAGCCAAGGCCGGGGAAGGCCGGGUAGAGGUGCUGAAGAACAGCGAGUGGGGCACCGUCUGCGAUGACCGCUGGAACCUGCUGACAGCCAGCGUGGUGUGCCGUGAGCUGGGGUUCGGCAGUGCCAAGGAGGCUCUGACAGGAGCACGCAUGGGCCAAGGGAUGGGUCCCAUCCACAUGAACGAGGUGCAGUGCACAGGCUCGGAGAAGUCGCUAUGGAGCUGCCCUUAUAAGAACAUCACGGCGGAGGACUGCAAGCACUCCGAGGAUGCCGGGGUCCGCUGCAACAUCCCCUACAUGGGCUACGAGACCAUGAUUCGCCUGAGCGGGGGCCGGAGCCGCUUCGAGGGGCGGGUUGAGGUGGCGCUGGGCACUGGGAGCAAUGGGCGCCCCGCCUGGGGCCUGAUCUGUGGCGAUGGCUGGGGAACCCUGGAGGCCAUGGUGGCUUGUCGCCAGCUGGGCCUGGGAUUCGCUAACCAUGGCUUACAAGAGACGUGGUACUGGGACGCCAGCAACGUGACGGAGAUGGUGCUGAGCGGCGUGAGGUGCGCUGGCCACGAGAUGGCGCUGAGCCACUGCCAGCACCACGGCAACAGCCUCAACUGCAAGAAGAUGGGCACCCACUUCGCCGCCGGGGUCAUCUGCUCCGAGACUGCCUCGGACCUGCUGCUGCACGCCCCGCUGGUCCAGGAGACGGCCUACAUUGAGGACCGGCCCCUGCACAUGCUGUACUGUGCGGCGGAGGAGAACUGCCUCUCCAGCACCGCCCGCAAUGCCAACUGGCCCUAUGGGCACCGCCGGCUGCUACGCUUCUCCUCCCAGAUCCACAACCACGGCCGUGCCGACUUCCGCCCCAAGGCCGGGCGCCACUCCUGGGUCUGGCACGAAUGCCAUAGGCACUAUCACAGCAUGGACAUCUUCACCCACUACGACCUCCUGACCGCCAAUGGCAGCAAGGUGGCCGAGGGCCACAAGGCCAGCUUCUGCCUGGAGGACACAGAGUGCCAGGAAGACGUGGCCAAGCGAUAUGAAUGUGCUAACUUUGGAGAGCAGGGCAUCACCGUGGGCUGCUGGGACCUGUACAGGCACGACAUCGACUGCCAGUGGAUCGACAUCACCGAUGUCCGGCCCGGCAACUACAUCCUGCAGGUGGUGAUUAACCCCAACUACGAGGUGGCCGAGAGCGACUUCACCAACAACGCCAUGAAGUGCAACUGCAAAUACGACGGGCAUCGCAUCUGGGUGCACAACUGCCACAUCGGUGACGCCUUCAGCGAAGAGGCCAACAAGCGGUUUGAACAGUACCCAGGACAGCUCAACAACCAGAUUGUAUAGUGACCCGCUGUCCCCUCCCACGCCCCCUGGAGACGGCCAUCUCCCCCACCGCUCCCCCACAUGCCGGGUGCUCCAAGGAGGAAGCAGUUUGUCCUGGGCUGGCAGCGUCACGUCCCCGGCUGGCUUGCGGGGCUCCGCGGUGCGAGAAUCUGUGCCCAGCAGCAGCUGCUCCAUGCCAGGUGCAGCCUCUGUCCCGGCCUGGCCGGGGAGUCCUCGGGUGUCUCUGAAUCUCGGGCAGGAUUUUCUUGGGCUGAGGUGGCCACCAAGUUCUUGUCUGGCUGUGCAGGGCCUGAUAGGAGGUCGGCGCUGGGCACUGCGCCCCAUGGCACCCAGCCCUGCUCAGGGAGAACUGUGGACUUCUACCACCGGGCAGUAUGGGGGCUUCCCCACCUCCUUGUGGGGCUGAGGUGCAGCAUGACACCAAGCAGGGCAGGGUUAGAGCCGGGGCCAAAUCUAGCAGCUUCCUCUCCCUGGGAGGGUUGGAGAAGUGUGUGGAUGGCCACCUGGUGCCUCCAGCUCUUGCCCCCCAUCCUCUCCUCCCACCGCUGCCAUGCUCAUCCUGCCCCUCCGCCCCACUGGCCUUGACCAGCACCCACAGCCCCAAGCCGUUUUCCUGCCCGGCUGACACAGGAACCUCAUGGAGGAGCAAGCAACGGCUCCAGGCACCUUACACAGCGUCCCUAAGCCUAUGCCACCUGCAGGGCUGGCCAGGUCUGGGCCCUGUCACGCCUUUCUCUGUACAGUAGCUUGUCUAUGUACUUGAAGAGCUAAACCAUGUCAGGCAGCCCUGGGCCCUGCUUCCCCGACUGUGGCAGGGAUGCCCCCAUUUCUUAGUUGUCAUUUUAUUUUCUGUAUAAAAGUGACUGUCUGUU